GACAUGGCUACGACACGUAACUUUUCAAAACAGUAAAUAAAAAUUGAAUUUAGAUAGGCGACAGUUAUGGAUAUCGAUAGCAGUAAAUAUUACAUUGAAAGUAACAUUUUGUCAAUUUUUAUAAAUAUGAACUGCUCAAAGGCGAACAGAUUCCUGAAGAUGACAAUGCAUCUUCUUUAGUAUCGGUUAAAAUCGAAGAUUUACCAGAUACAUUGAAAGAUGAUGAACUUGAUCCGCUUGUCUUGAGAGUCAAGGAGACGAUAAAAGACUCAGAAGCAAAAGUAGUUUCAAAAUUUUAAAUACCGUGGUUUAGGAAAGGUUUGAUGGACUAUCUACUGAUGUUCAUUCUCAAGUUUCUCCUCCAUCUGUUGAUCAGUUUUUCCGUAAUUACUUACAAAACAAUGGAUUUCUUGAGACUCUUAAUGUUUUUCAAGCAGAAUGUUCUUGCAUAAAGGUUUAUUGAAUAAAGAAGCUGCCCCAGUUCCUGAUAUUUAUAUACAGAACGAUGAGCUAAGAAAUGUGAUAAAAGAUAUAAGAUCAGAAAAUCUGACUUUGAAAAAUUCAGUUUUGAAGCUAAGUGAUGAGUUGAAAAAAGUUAAGAAUGAACGAGAUUAUCACAUGAUCAAGCACAGACAGACGUUACAAGAUAAAGAGAAGCUACACUGUGAUAUAAAAAGAGUAAAAGAACAUUAUGCCGAAUAUGAGCCAAUUUUAAGAUUAUUAAGACAAAAAUAUGAAAUAGCAAUGAAAGAAAAAACGUUACAUAGAAUUGAACGAGACAAAGCUAUGAACCAAGUUGAAGGACUUCGACAUGCUUUAACUUCAUUACAAAAAUUAGGUAUAACGUCUAAUGAUGCAAACGAUAUUGAAAAUGUUGAUCUGGAUCAUAAAAUAACAGAGAAAAGGUUGGAAAAUACAACAAGUAGACAGAAUAAAAAAGAAACUGAUCAAAAGUGUAAAAAGAAUUAUAUGAGAUCAGAAAAGUUUAAUAUCCAAACUAAACUGGAUCAUAAUUUGAAAAGGAUUGGAUUUUGUGAUUUAUCUAUUGAUUAUAAAGUGAAUCCAUUAUUGGCUAAACUUACAAAUCAUUCAUAUAAAUUUACACGAUUAGAUAGUAGAAAAUUAGAUAUGAGUAUACAUGCUCAUAAUGCAGCUAUUAGCAAAUUAGCUAUUCAUUCAAAUAAAUCAUGGUUAUGUUCAGUUGGUGAUGAUAAAUUAUGGAAAUUGUGGAAAAUUCCAAAAUUAGAAUUAUUAAUGGAAUAUAAACUAAUAACAAAUGAUUGGAUAUCAUCAAUUGAUUUUCAUUCCAAGGAAGAAAUAUUAGCAACAGGAAAUGCUCAAGGUUCUAUUCAAAUAUGGAAAAUUGACCUUAUCGAUGACAAAAUAUCGGAACAGAAUCAUUGUAAACGUAUUGGUAUUUUACGUCAGCAUACUGGAGCUGUUUGGUCUGUAAAUUGGCAUUGGACUGGUACUUAUUUAGCUAGUUGUGGUAUGGAUAAUACAAUACGUCUAUGGAAUGUUGAACACGCUAUGAUGUCAUUUAAAAUGAAUAAAGAUUUAUUAAGCACACGUUCUGCAACAUCAUGUUGUACAAUACUUAGAGGGCAUAGUAAAUCAGUGAAUUCUAUUCAAUUUUUACCUUAUGGAAAUAUUUUAGUUACUGGUUCAUCAGAUAGAACAGUGUGUUUAUGGGAUGGUCGUUCGGGUUUAUGUGAGCAUACAUUUCUUGGUCAUACACAUUCAAUCAAUUGUGCUAUAUUUAAUCAACAAGGUACCAAUGUAAUAUCAUGUGACAGUGGAGGUUUUAUUCGAUUAUGGGAUCUUCGUAAAAUCAAUAAUUUCUCAUUUGAAACAAAUUUACCUACCUUAAAAAUGAAAAUGCACAAUAAUAAUAAUAAUAAUAAUGUAGAGGUGAAAUGUUUGCCUACUUGUUUUGAUUUGAAUAAAACUCGAAAAUUUGAUCGUUUCAAUCAUCCUCAUCCUCAUCAAAAACAUUCUAAUCAUCAUCCAAAUCCUACAUCUAUACAACAUAAACAAUUAGAACAACGAAAUCAACUUGGAAUUAAUCAAUUAGUUAUUGAUUUGAAUAGUGAAUAUAUUGUUGCUGGUUGUGAUGAUUCUAAAAUUUAUUGUAUAGAAAUAUCAACUGGUCAAAUAUCUACAUUACAAGGACAUGAUGAUUCGGUUCAAUCGAUUGUAUUAGAUUAUGAAUCAGGAUAUUUAUAUUCAGCAUCCAGUGAUCAAAAGGUAUGUUCAUGGAUCUGAAUGAAACAGAGAACAUUAUUUUAUUAUUUUGAUGAUUAUGCAUAAAAGAUCAUCCUUUUUAGAAACAUUUUACAAAAUGAACUCAAUCAUGUAAAAGGUUUUAAAUAAACAAAUUUUAUUUCAC